AUGGCCUUCACCUUCGCUGCUUUUUGCUACAUGCUGUCCCUGGUGCUCUGCGCUGCGCUCAUCUUCUUCGCUAUCUGGCACAUAAUCGCCUUUGAUGAGUUGAGGACGGACUUUAAGAGUCCCAUAGACCAGUGCAACCCUGUCCACGCGAGGGAGCGGCUGAGGAACAUCGAACGCAUCUGCUUCCUUCUGAGAAAGCUGGUGCUGCCAGAGUACUCUAUCCACAGCCUCUUCUGCAUCAUGUUCCUGUGUGCUCAGGAGUGGCUCACCCUGGGGCUGAAUGUUCCGCUGCUUUUCUAUCACUUCUGGAGGUAUUUCCACUGUCCAGCAGACAGCUCAGAACUGGCCUACGACCCACCAGUUGUCAUGAACGCGGACACCUUGAGCUACUGUCAGAAGGAGGCCUGGUGUAAAUUAGCCUUCUACCUCCUCUCCUUCUUCUACUACCUGUACUGCAUGAUCUACACCUUAGUGAGUUCCUAACUCCUGCUGAUGGAGAGGCUGCGGCUGGGAACCCCUGCGGCUAUGGCUGGGAAAGGACCAGACGGGGAUGAUGGAGACACCCAGCUUGGCAGAGACUGAUGGGAAGGAGCUGGAGUCACACAGCAGACAGGGUUAUGUGACCCAUGUGUGUCCGUUGUUGCUGUGUGUGUUGCUGCCUUUGCUGUUCACAUCCCACAUGGAUUGCAGAGCCCCUCUGAACGUCCGGGGUGCCAGCUUGUAGCUGAUGAAACACUCAACCUCUGGAGAUGCGGUUGUCGCUUUUUCCCUCCACUUCACUGAGCAUCAGUACCUUGCAAAUACCUUGCCAGUUCACAUGGAGUGCCUGCCUGGAUGGCAGGAAUGAGGCCGGAAGCUAGAAGGUACCAGCCAAGGGACAGAAUGACUCAGGGCCAAGGCCAGAUCUUCAGAGAUGAUUGAGACCCUCAAGGAUACCACGGGCUGCCCAAGACUCUUGUUCUAUUUUUUCCAGAGCUAUGACCUCGUGCUUUGCUCACUGCAAGGCCAAAAGCUGUGGGGUCUGCCCUGAGCCCUCUGUCACGUCAUUUUAGGCCCUGUUUAUGUCCAAGAGCCUGAGCAGUGACUUCGUGAGCUGGGUGUGGGACAGCACAUUGGCAGCAAGCUAUGCCCAAUGAGAACUGGGGAGGGGAGUGGGAGAAAAUGGAUUCUUUAAAUGUUUGCAACAUGUCCCAGGUGUGAGUUCUUCACCAUCCCAAGAUGUGUCUUGCCACGGCACCAAAAAUCCAUCAGAGUCAUGACAUGCCAAUCAGCUGGCUGGUAUGAGCCAAAGCCUAAAAUAACAAACAAACCUCAAAGCAGUUUGAAGUCCAGAAGCAGAAAGCUGCUGUGUACAAGGGUAUGGACAGCCAGGAAGUGAGACACCGUAAUUAUCAAUUCAGUUGAUGCUGCACAGCCUUUGUGCUGCUCAGUUCAACGUGGGGACAUCCGCUUAUUUCAAUUUUCCACUUGGCUUUUGCUCUUUUUGGGUGGGAGUUGUACGAGGGGGUGUAAAUAGUGACAAGGCUGAGAUUUUUAUGAUGUUUAAAUUGGGCACAAUGAUUUUGACCUGAUUCCCCAAACCUCCUUGCUUUUCUACUGUUACACACACACACACACACACACACACACACACACACACACACACACACACACACGCUAUUUAUAUAUGCUCCCAUCUGAAUCCUGUGACUCAGGUUUUUGAAUGGUGUUUGUGUAACACAUUGUGUGCUAUGUUUAAAAUGCAGCAACAACUUCAGCGACUCACCUCACCGGCUCUCUCAUUUCAAUCCAUCCCGGGCUGGAUGUGUCUCCAGAUGGUUGGCAACCUAGUAGGUAGAAAAAGCAGUUUCAAAAUGACACUGUGU